UUCCUCUUGCCAAACAGCUGGCCUCUGCGCUAACUAUUCACCCUCUCUCCGUCGUCAUCAUGGAUGAUUAAGAAUACCUCGAUCCGGACUUGAACGAUACCAUCCUCAGUGGCGAUGUUACACCCGUAAUCGCUAAGACAAGGAACGAAUACUGAGCCCAAGUCGACUGCAGUACAGAGAACGACAAAUUUUGGCCGAAGUCAUGCGCGGCUCGCAAAUUCCGACCAUCGCGGAGGAUGAGAGCUUCCCACGACCAAGCAUGGGAGACGGAAGGCAUACGCCGGACCAAUGUGCGACGACGGAUAGUUCUGAUCUCGAUCCACCUCCAGUUGCGCAUUUCGAGCUGAGCAGCCAGGAGUCCAAGCCGAAGGAAGUCUCUCCGCCACCGAUCGUUGCGCGGCUCGCAGCUGCCGACCAUCGCGGAGGGUGAGAGCUUCCCGCGACAAACAGUGGACACGGAAGACAUACGGGCAAUCAGGCUAUCAGAUCAAAGUGCGACAAUCCGCAGUUCUGAUAUCGGUCCACCCCAGUCACACAUUUUGAGUGAAAUUGCCGAGCCGAUCAAAUUCCAUUAUUGCCAUCUUACGCCUGUCUAUGG